UUGACUACUUGGAAGAGAGGGAAAUCCUGGCACCAACUUUGGAAAUAGUAGAGGGCAUAAACAACUACAUCCUCUCAACGUUACCAGGAGAAGAGGUAAAAUAUUUCAGCUACGACAUCAUAUGUCCCACUGCGGCAAGUAGUUCUGGUGAUGAUGACAUAUAUCCACAAGAAUAUUUAAACAGCAUUUCAAUAUCUGGAUUGCCAAAUCAUGUGCUUAGCCUCAAAAUCGGUGUCCCUAUAAUGUUAUUGCGCAAUAUUGAUCAAUCUGCAGGUCUAUGCAAUGGAACACGAGGGGUGAUAAAAAAAUUGGGGAAACGCAUCUUGGAAGCCAAAGUCCUCACCGGACCGAGCAGAUGGAAUAAAAUAUUGAUUCCAAGGAUGAAUCUAUGCCCAACAGAUACAACGUUGCACAUAAAACUUCAGAGGAAACAAUUCCCAAUUUUAGUAUGCUUUGCAAUGACCAUCAACAAAAGUCAGGGGCAAACACUAGCACAUGUUGGACUUUAUUUGGAAAAAAGUGUAUUCACGCAUGGGCAGCUAUAUGUGGCUGUUUCAAGAGUCAAGAGCAGAAAUGGGUUGAAAAUUUUGUUGGGUGGAGGAGAAGGAUGCAAUACAACA